GGGCUAGAACAGGGCAAACAGCGCUGUUUGUCCUGUCCCAGCCUUAUGGCCUCAUUCCUGUGGGGUGGAGCCUGCCCCAGCUCUGCUCCCUGCCCUGCUGCUACCCCACAGCCACAGUCGUGCGUGUGCCACAGCUGCAGAUUCUGCCAAGCCGCCUAUCACCAUAGUCUCCGCUUCUGUGCGCCUGCUGCUCAGGGCUUGGUUCCCCAGGAAAGUCAGAGCCAGCCAAGGCCACCAACUGCUGCAGCCAUGGUCCAUGGGCACAAAGGGUUCCAGUUCCAAAACUGGGCAAGAACUUAUGGCUGCUGCCCAGAGAUGUACUAUCAGCCGGCAUCUGUGGAGGAGGUCCGAGAGGUGCUGGCCCUGGCCAGGCAGCAGAAGAAGCGUGUGAAGGUGGUGGGUGGAGGCCACUCCCCCUCGGACAUCGCCUGCACCGAGGGCUUCAUGAUCCACAUGGGCAAGAUGAACCGGGUCCUCCAGGUGGACAAGGAGAAAAAGCAGGUGACGGUGGAGGCCGGCAUCCUGCUGACUGAGCUUCACCCACAGCUGGACAAGCACGGCCUGGCCCUGUCCAACCUGGGAGCCGUGUCAGACGUGACAGUAGCUGGUGUCAUCGGGUCCGGGACGCACAACACUGGCAUCAAGCAUGGUAUCCUGGCCACCCAGGUGGUGGCGCUAACGCUGAUGACAGCUGAUGGGGCUAUUCUCGAGUGCUCCGAGUCCAGCCACCCUGAGGUGUUCCAGGCGGCGCAGGUGCACCUGGGCUGCCUGGGCGUCGUCCUCACGGUCACCCUGCAGUGCGUGCCACAGUUCCACCUGCAGGAGACGUCCUUCCCCUCCACUCUGAAAGAGGUCCUCGACAACCUUGACAGCCACCUGAAGAAGUCUGAGUACUUCCGCUUCCUGUGGUUCCCACACAGCGAGAACGUCAGCAUCAUCUACCAGGACCACACCAACAAGCCACCCUCCUCUUCGGCCAACUGGUUUUGGGACUACGCCUUUGGAUUCUACUUACUGGAGUUCCUGCUCUGGGCCAGCACCUUCCUGCCGUGCCUUGUGGGUUGGAUCAACCGCUUCUUCUUCUGGCUGCUGUUCAACCGCAAGAAGGAGAACAGUGACGUCAGCCACAAGAUCUUCACCUACGAGUGCCGCUUCAAGCAGCACGUCCAGGACUGGGCCAUCCCCAGGGAGAAGACCAAGGAGGCCCUGCUGGAGCUGAAAAGCAUGCUGGAAGCCCACCCCAAGCUGGUGGCUCACUACCCCGUGGAGGUGCGCUUCACCCGGGGGGACAACAUCCCGCUGAGCCCCUGCUUCCAGAGGGACAGCUGCUACAUGAACAUCAUCAUGUACAGGCCCUACGGCAAGGAUGUGCCUCGGCUUGACUACUGGCUGGCCUAUGAGACCAUCAUGAAGAAGUUUGAGGGCAGACCGCACUGGGCCAAGGCCCACAACUGCACCCGGAAGGACUUUGAGAAAAUGUAUCCUGCCUUUCCCAAAUUCUGCGCCAUCCGUGAAAAGCUGGACCCCACUGGAAUGUUCCUGAAUUCCUACCUGGAGAAAGUGUUCUACUGAGGCAGGUGGGCACACAAGCAAGGCCCACCUGCACACAUGGAGGUCCAGGAGGCAGACAUCCCCUCCUGACUCCACGGCAUGAGCUGGGCUCGGGUCAGGGCUGUCCUCCUCUCCCUGCCUCCCUCCCUGUCCUCACAGCACCCAGAGCAGGCAGGGACCUCGCACCCAAACCCCCAUGGAUGUCCCCGUGCUGUCCCUUCCUUUUCCUGUACCUCUGGUCCCCACACCCCAUUUCUCCAAGAGGAAAGGGAGCCCUAAUGUGUGCUGUGUGUCUAGUAGGCCAGGAACCCUGUUACUCACAGGUUCUGUCUACUAGCAAGGUAUGGAAGUGAAAGUCCCCGGGCUGUGACUUCAGGGAUUCCCGCUCCAGUUCUCUUCAGGACGCGGCCCUUGGAGACGUUUGAGCGCAGCAGUGGUGUGGACCCUGCCUGCUGUCCUUCAUGGGCAAGGGUCUUCACAUGCUCAGUGGGUGCCGGCUGUCCAGGAUGGUGCUCUGAGUGCCACAGUCUGGCCUUUGCCACCUCCUCAGGGCAUGCUCGAGAGUGGUCUCUCCUCCACCUUUCUCAAUAAAGACCCUCAUUAAGAUCCUCACUUCACUUCCGGUGACCCUGACUUCACUUCCGUUAACCCCGACCUCACUUCCGCCAACCCUCACCUCACGUCCACCGAUUCUCACCUCACUUCCGGUGUGCCUCUUGGCUUCACCUCCAAGGCAAUUCUUUGGGAUAGAAGGCUCCCUGUUUACCUCCUGAAAAAUGUUCACGGUCCUUUAUAAAAUUUAGCUUCAGUUUGCCUCUGACUUGCCACAUACAGCAUUCCUCAAAGAUCUACGCAUCAAAUGCUUUCAGGGAAUUAGAUGAACCUUGAGAUAUUUUUCUGCCCUCAAGGAAUUUAUAUUCUAAUCAUCACUCAUAUGAUUACAACUAUCUCUAGAGUAUACCACCAGUAGUAUUUGAAAAGAUGAUCAGCACCACUACUUAUUAGGGAAAUGCAAAUAAAACCACGAUGAGAUUCAACUUCACACCCAUUAGGACACUAUGAACUACAGAAAAUUCAAAAGUAGAAAAUAGCAAGUAUUGGUGAGAAUGUGGAGAGAUUGGAACACUUGAGCUUUGCUGGUGGGAAUGCAAAAUGCUCUGCUGUGGGAAAGGGGCUGUUCCCCAGAGAAGGGAUGGCAGCACAUGGAUAUAUAUCUCUGCAUAUGUUCAUAGCAGCAUUCUUCAAAGUAGCCAAAUUGUGGUCUGUACAUGCAAUGCCAUAUUAUUCAGCCUUACAAAGGACUAAAAUUCGGGUCAGGCAUAUAGCUCAGGGGCGUAAGCUCCUGCCUGGCAAGUGCAAUGUCCUGAGCUCUAUUCCCAGUAUUAAAAAAAAAAAAAAAA